AUGGCGUCUUCAUCUAUUCCAUCAACAGAAGUAGAAAAGAAAAUAAUACUUGUUGGUCCAAAUUGGCUUGAGCUUCCAAGAGAUGUGAUAGCAAACAUCCUCAAGAGGCUUGGUACGAUUGAAAUAUUGACUGGUGCAUGUCAAGUCUGCCCUCUAUGGUGGAAUAUUUGUAAGGAUCCUCACAUAUGGCGAACCAUUAACAUGUCCAAGUUGAUUUCUUCACGCUACCAUCACGGUGAUGAUUUGGUGAAGAUUUGUUGCAAAGCGAUUGAGCGAAGCUGUGGUCAGGUAGAGGAAAUUGAAAUUCACCAUUUUGCAACCGAUGAUCUUCUUGCCUACAUAGCUGAGAGUGCUGGUCACCUACGACACUUGCGGCUUACAUCUUGUAGAGGGUUCUCAGACAAAGGAUUUAGAGAAUUGAAAAAAUUCAUUUUAAAUUUCUAA